UGAUUUUUGUUUGUAAAUGUUCAACGACGCAUUUUACCAUACUAAUAUUAUGAUAAGUUCAAUUAUUUAAAAUUAUUGUUAAUAUUGUUAUGGCCGAAGAAAUAGAACAUUUUUACGGAGUAUACCUACUGUACUGUUUGAAUGAAAAGAGCAAAGGAAAAACUUACAUUGGCUAUACCAAGGAUCCAAAUCGCCGAAUAAAACAACACAACAAAGGUGUCAAAAGCGGAGGAGCCAGAAAAACCAGUCUUCGUGGGCCAUGGGAAAUGGUUUUGAUAGUACACGGAUUUCCCAACGAUAUAUCAGCAUUAAGAUUUGAAUGGGCAUGGCAAAAUCCCAAGACAUCCAGACGAUUGAAACACAUAGCACUAAAAUCGAGAACUGAAAAAGCAUAUGACUAUUGUAUUCGCAUACUUUCUGAAAUGCUGCAUGUAGGUCCAUGGAAUCGUCUAGCUUUAAAUGUCCGGUGGCUGAACAUGCAUUAUCGACUCGACUUCAGUGACGAUAAAUUUCCACCGAUGCACAUGUCUAUAUGUCAAGGACCAGUUGUAUGUAAGAAACCUGUGUCGCCAAAUGAUCUUAGCUCUUUGGACAGCAGUAAAAGUCAAAUAUGUGUUUUGUGUGCACGUAAUUGUUGUGCAGAAAGUCUACUAAAUUGUUUAGAUCCAGAUUGUCAAGCAGUCACACAUAUUCAGUGUCUUGCAAAGCGAUUCUUAGGAUCAUCUGAUCAUAUUAUACCAAUAGAUGGUGAAUGUCCAGCAUGUGGCAUCCGUGUUCUAUGGGGUGAUUUAAUUCGGCGAAAAAAUGGAUGCUAUAAAAAUUUAAUUGCUGCCGGCAGAUAAUUAUUAAACAACUUAUUUAUUAUACCAUUGAUUAUGGUUUGAGUUCCUCUUUAAUGUGAAGUGUAUUUUAAAAAUAUAUAUAUAUUUUUUUUUUUUUUAUAGAUUAUUGAUUUUUGUAAAAAUUUUGAAUGUAUUAUUAUAUUUUAUUACUAGAUGAAAAAAAAAAUGAUUUACAUAUUAAUGUAUUAUAAAAUUGUUGACAUAAUAUUUUAAAAUUAAAUUUUUUGAAGACGUAA